UACACCAAGCCACCUACUCUCUACGCUACUCUGAGCUGUCGAGAUCUGCUGCAGCAUUUCUGCGCGACAUGUCGGUCCGGUUUCUUUCUCGUAGAGCAAGCAUCACCGGUCCCUUCGCUGAGAUCACUGUUGGAUCGGGAAGCUCUGCUGUCGUCUUCAAUCUCCCUAAAGAGCUGCUCUGCAACUCAUCCACAUACUUCAAGGCUGCAUUGAACAACGGCUUCUCCGAGACUGCGACCCAGAAGAUCGCGCUUGAAGAUGAGGAUCCCGAAGUCUUCCGUACUUAUGCCGUCUAUUUGUUCCAGCACGAGCUCAGACGUGAGAGCAUUGAAGCAAUCAACUGCAUCGAACGUCACUUGUUUCAAGUCUAUAUAUUCGCAGACAAACGAGGCAUCGUGAGUCUAGCGAAUGAUGUGGUUACGAUGAUUUCUUCGUACUGGAUCACCGAAUGCAUUGACCUGAAGAUCACGAAAAAAUUCCUGGCAUUACUUCCAACCAAAUGCACUCUCUAUGAACUCACUUUAGACAACCUCAUCCUGGAAUCAAGGGCCCAUGGGUGGGAACCUACUGAUUGGGAAGUCUUUUGCAGCCAUCCUACGGAAAUCGUCGCAGAGCUUUUCCGAAGAGAGCAGGCUUUCUCCAAAUCUUUUGACAGAACCUCACACUGCUUUGAAUCCAUCUGCCAUUACCACACACAUCGGGGUGAGGAUAAAAACGAGGAGCAGGAGAGAACCAAGUGUAUCGAGAAGACAACAAGAGGCCGCAAUCUCUGGGAUGUCUAUCAUUGUACCUAUGAGCAGGUGGAGUGGGGACGAAGAUGCCACACAUCACAAUAUCUGUGGACUGGGGAUUUUACUGAUCAUCUUCCAUCCAGAAGUGCUAUCACUGGCCCUACUGCCCAGAUCAUUGUCGGCUCGAAACCAAACAUCAAAACAUUCACCGUGCAUAAGGAGCUGCUUUGCGACUCGUCAACCUACUUCAAAGCUGCUCUCAACAAUGGAAUCGUGGAAACCAAAGAGCAGACGAUCACGCUGGACGACGAAGACCCUAACAUCUUUACCACCUUUGUUCUAUGGCUCUAUGAAUCCAAACUGAACACGGACGUGAUAUAUAUGGGUCACGAGACUUUCCAGGGACAUCUAUUCAACCUCUACGUCUUCGCUGACAAACGUGGCAUCGUAAACCUAGCCAACGACACGACGACGAUGUUGGCUUCGUGCUGGCUCAGCGAAUUCGUUGAGUUGAGCGAGGUUGAGCGAGUCGUUCCCCUGAUCUCACGCAGCGGCAAGCUGUACAAACUCAUCAUGGACAACUUGCUACUAGAGAUGAGGGGUGGGUGGGGCGCAGAUGAUUUGAAAAAUAUAGAUCUGCCGAAGGAGAUGUUGAUCGAUCUUCUCUCGAGAAUCACUCUCUCACCAGCGGGCUUCGAUACGUUUAACAUGUGCUUCCAAUCCAUUUGUCACUACCACUUUCAUGGUGGCCAGAACGUCUUGAGCGAGGAAGAAUGCGUUCGCCGCGUUGAAGCUGGGAACAACGUCUUCGACCCUGAAGUGGAUCUGAGGCAAAAAGUUUGGGGCUGGGAUGAU